CACAGUCCGCUCACACAGACACACCAUCUCCGAGUGACACACACAGUUCAAGACUACUGGAAAGCCAAAAGGUUGUGUAUUGAGACUCUGAGAAUCCUCGGUGGGAUGGACCAGAGCGUCAGCUACAUGACUGUGAAUAUGGGAAGAAAGGACUCACGGAAGGAAGCUGUACCUGAUGUAUCGUACGCGGAAGUUAAUUUCAAGACCCCCUCGGCGCCCCGGGUCCGUGCAGAUCGAGACGGUCUGAACUCCACCUACUCAGAUCUGAACUUUCGGAAAGAGGAACCACGCAUCGAUGGAAGCGAAGAUCCUUCCAUUGCCUCGGGACCCGGCGGGUUGUCAACCACUGCACAAACAGCUGCGCAAGAACGGGACUCGACAGUGAAGAUCAGAAAAAGACCGUACCGUCUGAUCUGCCUACUCUGCCUAGUUACGUCCGCCGUCAUCCUGAUCGUGGCCGGUGUCUUGAUCCAUGAUCAAGCGUUUUCCCAGGACUGGAUCAGAAAUGAAGACGGAUGCUAUGUUAUAUCCACGUGUAACCUUUCCUACGAUGAGGCGAAACAGAUUUGUUCGAACUCUGAUUCAAAGCUUCUUGAAAUAAAUUCAGCAGAAGAAGAGAAUUUUUUUAACAAAACUCUCCACGAAGAAGGCAUUUCAUACUGGAUUGGAAAAUGCAAAGGCGGGGAAGUGGCUACAAAUGCCUUGGGCCGGAUUAACGGUGGAGACUUUGAAUGCGGUAAAUGUACUUGGCAGAGUGAGAGUAAACAUUGCGACCAGGUUCGUGCGCGCUUCAUCUGUGAGAAGUCUGCACCUUCGUGCUCGGAUAUUUCUGAAAGGAUCCGGGAUCUCUGUCACCAAACACUGGGACCGACUUGAAUAUAACGAUAAACCCUCUUUCUCCUCCAUUUCUCUUAACCACUCACAUUAACCCUUCCGCGCCGCUGCCCCUCACCCUUACCCUAUUCUCCUCUUUCCUUCUAUCACAGUCUUACUCACCAUCAUACCAUCUCUGUACACUCGUCCCUCUAAUGUCUCUCCCUCAUCCUUCUCCACUCCCGCGUCCUCUGUUUCAUCCCCGUUUCCCUCACCCUGGUUUCUUGCCUCCCUCUGCCCCAAUUCCCCCUUCUGUUCCCGGUCUCUCGCUCGAUUAGCUUUCACUUCCACUAGCUCACUCUUUCCCACAACCUGGAUCAGUUCCCAAAAGAGCUCCAUAGCUCCACCCUCUCCCCUCGAUUGGAGACACUGACUCUACCCACUCUCCUCAUUCUACUGUGUCUCUUUUAUCUAACCCAACUCGCUCCCCGCUUCUGUCUUCGGCUACUUUCACCUCAAUCAUGUCCGUUAAUGUUCUCGAUACCCCAGUCCUGGGGAAAUAGAGUGCACGCAUUCGCCUGAUCUGUGUCCCUCGUGGUUGUGUGCACCUCUGUAAGGUCACCGAAAAAAGUCUCAGAAUUCCCAACCUCGCUCCAUAACUCAGUCACUCCUGUACCGGGAGCAUCCUCGGAAAUCUCCCUCUGCAAUUUUUCCAGUUCGUGGAGAUUUUUCUUAGAGCAAGGCAAGCAGAACGGAACUCCAUACUCCAAGUGCGGCCCGACCGACGUCAUCUGCAACUGCAACGUGAUCUCCGACUCCCGGACUCAGUGUCCUGACUGAUGAAGGCCAGCGUGUCAAAUAUCCUGUCCACCUGUAUCGCAUCUUUUUUACCGGAUUCAUGUUCUGUUUUAUUAUCUGUGACUUAGACCAUCUGAGAUUCGUUCUUUUGAAGGAUCAGUAGGGCACAAAUAUGUAAAAUUAAUGUCAAAGGCAAAAAGCUACUAAA